AUGGCCCUGAAUGACAAUGACGUGCAGAAGCAGAUAAAGCACAUGAUGGCUUUCAUUGAACAAGAAGCUAAUGAAAAGGCAGAAGAAAUAGAUGCCAAAUCUGAGGAAGAGUUCAAUAUUGAAAAAGGACAUCUUGUGCAAACCCAACGACUGAAGAUUAUGGAUUACUAUGAGAAGAAGGAAAAGCAGAUAGAGCAACAGAAGAAAAUUCAGUUGUCCACCUUGAGGAAUCAGGCAAGGCUGAGAGUCCUGGCAGCCCGAGAUGACCUCAUCUCAGAGUUACUCGAUGAGGCAAAGCUGAGGCUCAGUAGAAUGGUGGCAGAUCUAAAAGCCUACCAGGAGCUGCUGGAUAAACUAGUGCUUCAAGCUCUAGUUCGCCUGCUGGAACCUGUGAUGAUUGUGCGCUGUCGGCCUCAGGACACCCUUAUGGUAGAUACUUCUGUGCAAAGGGUCCUCCCUCAGUAUGUGAUGGCCACCCAAAAACAGGUGGAGAUCAAGAUUGAUCAAGAGACAUUCUUGCCUUUAAGUUCACUUGGAGGUGUGGAAGUCUAUAGCAGCAAUCAGAAAAUAAAGGUUUCAAAUACCUUGGAGAGCCGACUUGAAUUCUUAUCAGAGCAAAAAAUGCCAGAAAUUCGGAGAUGUCUGUUUGGUGCUAAUCCCAAUAGAAAGUUCUUCGUGUAA